AUGUUGGAGCUGAUUCGAUUUGUUGCUUCUGACAAACCCAUUGCUGCUGCUACUAAGGUUUCUGAAAUAAUUGUUACAAUCAUUAAGAGCCUCUCGCUUAGUCCAAUGCCUGCUCAGGAAGUGGCUGUAAUGGAAAGCAUGCAGUUGGCUCUGGAAAAUGUCGUGGCUGCAGUGUUUGAUAGACCAAAUGAUUUCCGUGGGAGUAGUUCCGAAGUUCAACUUUCAUUAUGCAAAAUAUUUGAAGGUCUACUUCAACAACUUCUUUCUUUGAAAUGGACUGAACCGGCACUUGUGGAAGCUCUUGGGCAUUAUUUAGAUGCAUUAGGUCCUUUUUUAAAGUAUUUCCCAGAUGCUGUAGGCAGUGUAAUCAAUAAACUAUUUGAGCUUCUAACCUCACAGCCCUUUGUUGUUAAGGAUCCUUCAACAAGUACUGCCCGGCAUGCAAGAUUGCAGGUUUGUACGUCAUUUAUUCGUAUAGCCAAAGCUGCUGACAAGAGCCUUCUACCUCACAUGAAGGGUAUGGCUGAAACAAUGUCAUAUUUGCAAAAAGAAGGUCAUUUGCUUCGUGGGGAACAUAAUCUUCUUGGUGAAGCAUUUCUUAUUAUGGCUUCUGCGGCAGGGGUUCAACAGCAGGAAGAAGUUUUGGCCUGGUUGCUUGAACCUUUGAGCAAACAAUGGACACAGUUUGAAUGGCAAAAUGCAUACUUGUCUGAUCCAACAGGUUUGGUUCGCUUGUGUGCAGAUACGCCAUUCAUGUGGUCACUUUUCCACACUGUGACAUUCUUUGAGAAAGCGCUUAAGAGGAGCGGUUUCAGAAAAGGCAAUCUUAAUUUACAAAGUGUCUCAACAGCUACACCUAGUCCUAUGCAUCCCAUUGCUUCUCACCUGUCAUGGAUGGUGCCCCCUCUCCUAAAAUUACUUCGGGCUAUACAUUCUCUAUGGUCUCCACCUGUAACUCAAGGAUUACCUGGAGCGCUAAAAGCUGCAAUGAUUAUGACUGAUGUUGAGAGAACCAGUCUUCUUGGGGGAGGGAACCCUAAAAUGGUCAAGGGUGUACUAACCUUUACUGAUGGAUCUCAGUUUGAUAUGAACAAUGAAGGUUUUGCAGAGCCAAAUGAAACUGAUGUACGAAAUUGGUUGAAAGGUAUCAGAGAUAGUGGGUAUAAUGUAUUGGGCUUAUCAACCACCCUUGGGGAUUCAUUUUUCAAAUUCUUGGAUGUUCAUUCUGUCACAAUAGCACUGAUGGAGAAUAUACAGUCAAUGGAAUUCAGGCAUAUAAGGCAGCUUGUUCAUUCAGUCUUGAUCCCUCUGGUUAAAUGCUGCCCUUCAGAUAUGUGGGGAGUGUGGCUGGAAAAGCUCCUGCAUCCGUUACUUCUUCAUUCUCAGCAGAUUCUUAGCUGCUCAUGGUCUAGUCUUUUACAGGGGGGCAGAGCAAAGGUUCCAGAUCUUCAUGGCAUACUUACUGGGUCAGACUUAAAAGUAGAAGUGAUGGAGGAAAAGCUACUUAGAGAUCUAACUCGCGAGAUUUGCUCACUCCUUGCUGCUAUAGGUUCGUCUGAGCGGAACAUUGGGCUUCCUUCAUUAGAACAGUCUGGGCAUGUCAGCCGUGUCGACGUUUCUUCCCUCAAAGACUUGGAUGCAUAUGCCUCAAGCUCCAUGGUUGGUUUUAUUUUGAAGCACCGAAAUCUUCUCCUUCCAGCGUUGCAGAUAAGUUUAGAUGCUUUUAAAUGGACAGAUGGUGAAUCUGUGACUAAAGUUUCUUCCUUCUGUGGGGCCAUAAUCCUCCUGGCGAUUUCAACGAAUAAUGCUGAACUCCGAGAGUUUGUUUCCAAAGAUUUGUUCUCUGCAAUCAUUCAAGGUUUAGCCCUUGAAUCGAAUGCUUUUAUCAGUGCUGAUCUAGUUGGUCACUGUCGUGAAAUCUUCAUUUAUCUAUCAGACAGAGACCCAGCACCCAGGCAGAUUUUGCUCUCUCUUCCGUGCAUUACACCCCAAGAUCUUCUUGCUUUUGAAGAAGCUUUGACAAAAACAAGUAGUCCUAAGGAACAAAAACAACAUAUGAGGAGCUUGUUAUUAUUGGCUACAGGAAAUAAGUUAAAAGCACUUGCUGCUCAGAAAAGUGUGAAUGUAAUUACGAACGUUUCAACGAGGCCUCGCAAUCUGGUUCCUGUUUCAGAAUCCAGAGUUGAUGAAGAAGAGACUAUUGGAUUGGUUGCAAUUUUGUGAAGGGUUUCUCAGUAGCAUGGCUGGUUGUUGUACAGAUAUGAGUUUUACUUAUUAGAAGAAAUUGAAUGUCGUUCGUGAAGUGUGAAAAGGCAACCUCCUUUUUUAUUGUUGGAGGUCCACCAAAGUAGUGAAACGGGCUUGACUUCUAGGCUGCCUCAAAUGAAAGCUUGACAGGAUGUAUAAUACAUGGUGUUCACUUCAGUACCGCCUUUUUUUUUUC